AAUUCUAAUUUGAUGAUAAAAAUUUUAGACAACAUAUAAAAGAAUUUGGUAUCAAACUAAGUUACAUUGUAACUGAAGAUCCGUAGCAGUACUAACAAUUAUGACUAAAACAAUACUGAUAUUUGUUGUUAGCUGCAUUUUAGUGGUUAAGGACAUAAACGCACAAUGCGUUUGUCUUCCAGCGCCAUGCGCAUCUUCAGCUCCACUUCCUUGCGGAGCAUCAGCUCCAACACUAGCUCCAGCUCCAGUACCAAUCUCAUCCGCAGCUCCAUCACCAUGUUCCAAAUCAUCCCUUCCCUUAACUGCCAUCCUUCCAUUGCUUAGUAACCCAAGCGCUUUGCCCACUAUUCCCGUAACAACCAUCAUUGAACUCUUAAACACCAUCGCUUACAACCCAUCAUUUUUGACCUCGAUCCCACCGUCUGCACUCAUCAAUUUACUUACCUUCUUAGCUUCUAAUCCUUCUCUUUUGACUACUCUACCUCCAACCACAGUCAUCGCAUUCUUGGCCACUUUAGGUUCCAACCCAGCUAUCGUCAGUCAAAUUCCAUCCAACGUUAUCCUUGCUCUCGUCAAAGCCAUCGCUAGUGCCGCACCAUCAUUGUUAACACUUAUCCCUCAACCUGUACUUCUAUCAUUGUUGAGCUCUGUAUUGCCAUCACUCGGUUUACCCGCUAACGCUGCUCCCUCAACCGUAGUCGCUAACUUAGCUCUUCCACCAGCCCCCGCUCCAAUCAUCGCCCCUGGACCAGCUCAAGGGCCAAUUGUCGUCCAACUCCCAAAGAAAUCUCUUAACAAAUCUCCAAUCUUCGUCCCAGGUGGUCCAUCACCAAACUUGCUUCUUAAUGUUCAACAAGGCCAAUCUGCCCCUGUCGUGUUACCACCUUGUGCUCCAGGACCAAUCAUUAUCAACGACAACAUUAACUCUCAAUCUGGACAAAUCACCAAUGUUCCAGCCCCAAAACCAGGCAACAUUAUAUUCAAUUUGCCAUCCCAAAAACCCGGUGCUCCAAUCGUAUUGCCUCCUGCUCCACUACCACAAAUCUUAUACAGUCCAGGAAGCAGCCUUAGCAGCCCAGACAUAGUUGUACAAGCUCCAGCUUGUUUGCCCAAUCUUUUCAUUAACCCAUCUCCACCAUGUCCUCCUACACCUAUCGUUCCACCUCCAUGUCAAUAUCUACCUCCAUUGUUAGCUCAAAUUCCAAGCUGUACUUUAAAUGCCCAAUGCAUUUCUUCACCAACUCCAUGCGCAUCUUCAGCUCCACUUCCUUGCGGAGCAUCAGCUCCAACACUAGCUCCAGCUCCAGUACCAAUCUCAUCCGCAGCUCCAUCACCAUGUUCCAAAUCAUCCCUUCCCUUAACUGCCAUCCUUCCAUUGCUUAGUAACCCAAGCGCUUUGCCCACUAUUCCCGUAACAACCAUCAUUGAACUCUUAAACACCAUCGCUUACAACCCAUCAUUUUUGACCUCGAUCCCACCGUCUGCACUCAUCAAUUUACUUACCUUCUUAGCUUCUAAUCCUUCUCUUUUGACUACUCUACCUCCAACCACAGUCAUCGCAUUCUUGGCCACUUUAGGUUCCAACCCAGCUAUCGUCAGUCAAAUUCCAUCCAACGUUAUCCUUGCUCUCGUCAAAGCCAUCGCUAGUGCCGCACCAUCAUUGUUAACACUUAUCCCUCAACCUGUACUUCUAUCAUUGUUGAGCUCUGUAUUGCCAUCACUCGGUUUACCCGCUAACGCUGCUCCCUCAACCGUAGUCGCUAACUUAGCUCUUCCACCAGCCCCCGCUCCAAUCAUCGCCCCUGGACCAGCUCAAGGGCCAAUUGUCGUCCAACUCCCAAAGAAAUCUCUUAACAAAUCUCCAAUCUUCGUCCCAGGUGGUCCAUCACCAAACUUGCUUCUUAAUGUUCAACAAGGCCAAUCUGCCCCUGUCGUGUUACCACCUUGUGCUCCAGGACCAAUCAUUAUCAACGACAACAUUAACUCUCAAUCUGGACAAAUCACCAAUGUUCCAGCCCCAAAACCAGGCAACAUUAUAUUCAAUUUGCCAUCCCAAAAACCCGGUGCUCCAAUCGUAUUGCCUCCUGCUCCACUACCACAAAUCUUAUACAGUCCAGGAAGCAGCCUUAGCAGCCCAGACAUAGUUGUACAAGCUCCAGCUUGUUUGCCCAAUCUUUUCAUUAACCCAUCUCCACCAUGUCCUCCUACACCUAUCGUUCCACCUCCAUGUCAAUAUCUACCUCCAUUGUUAGCUCAAAUUCCAAGCUGUUGAUUUAUCUGUGGUUAUUAGAAUAUUAUUUCAUAUUACAACAAGUGUCAAAUUAAUUUUAUUUAUAUUUUUUCUAAUGUGUCAUACAAAAUAUUUCUUUUGUCAUUACGUUAUUAAAUAUAUAAUUUUUUAAAAGAUAAUAUAAUGUUGAUUUUAA